AUGACAGAAGUUAAUGAAAGAACGGAUCAAUUCCGAGAUUAUCAAAUAAAAUUAACUGAACUAUUAUCAAUGAACCCAUUCAUUAAAGAAUUAGAGGAACAAGCAAAAACUAUUGAACUUUUACGUCACAGAAUUGAUCAAUUAGAAUUAUCCAAAAAUAAUCAAUCAGAACAUGAAACUACUGCUGCAAUCUUAUCUUCCCAAUCGAAUUAUCAAUCUAGUAAUCAUUCUGUUCUAACUGAUAAUGAUUUAAAGGAUGAUGUAAAAUCACUUAGAGAAAGAGUUUUUGAAUUAGAAGCAGAUUUAUUAAUUCAAAAUAAAGAUAGUCAAGCUCAAAAACUUAAAAUAGAACGAUUACAGAAAGAAAAUGAUGAAAUUAAACAACAGAUAUCAAAUAUUCUUGAUAUGGUUUCUAAACCAAGGUCGCCUUUAAAAGAAUUUGUUAAACAAACGAUUGAGGAAGUUGAUGAGAAAGAAUUCCAUUCGAACAAACCGAUAAGUUCAGAUGUGGAAUAUACUGAUGACGAUGAUGUAAAAUAUAUAAAAUCAACGAGAGAGCCUAGCCCGCCAUUAUAUCAGAAAUCCAGAAAAAAUAUUAUGACUAGGGAUUUUCAAAUACCAAUAUCAUCAUAUCAUUCAGACCAAACAAAAGAUGAGUCAGUUCCAAUGAAAACUAGUCCUUUAUCACCAACAAUUCCAGUAUUCACAUCUACUGGAAGGCGUUUCGAAAAUUUAUUACCAGAAGGACCAAAAACUGGAUUUUAUAAUAAUUCUCAAUAUAUUCCGAGUCAAAUUCAUCGACGUUCAAGGAGUGAAACUCGUUCAUCUAUUCCGAUUGUUCCUCCAAAAAGACCUCAAAUUUAUCCAAAAUUUACUUCCAAUAAUAGUUCACCAACUUCUUCUCAAUCUGAGAAUGAUUUCGUGAAAUCGAGUAAUAAUUUCAUUUCAGAUGAUUAUGAUAGUGAAGAUAUUGAGUAUGUUGGUGAACAAAAUAUUAUGGAAAAUAGUUCAAAUAUUGAAACGUGUAUGAUAGAAUCGUCUACUUCUCAUGGUGAUUUAUGUAAAUGUAAUAAAUGUGUUACUGCUCAAUUAAGAGAGAUUGAAUUUUAUCAAAAUAAAAUGCGGGCGAACAAAUAA